GCAGAUUUGAAAAAAAAUGUUCACUGGCAUUGUUCGCGGGCUGUGUCCCAUUCGCAGUGCGCUGUUAACGGGCGGAAUUCUGCGCCUGCAGGUCGAGCUGCCAGCGGGCGAUGCGUCUGCUGGGAUUGAGCUUGGCGCCAGCAUUGCCAUCAACGGGACGUGCCUGACCGUCGUGCACUUUGACGCCGCCACACGCAUUGUGGACUUUGACGUCAUCCAGGAGUCGCUCAGCCGCACCAACCUCGGCUCGCUCCAGGCCGGAUCGCGCGUCAACAUGGAGCGCGCAAUGAAGUUUGGCGACGAGAUUGGCGGUCAUCAAGUCUUUGGCCACGUCGAUGCGACGGGCACGAUCGAGCGCGUCGUCGCCACGGAAGGCAAUCGCGAUGUCUACUUUCGAUUUUUCGAGGAAUGGAGCAAGUUUGUUGUGCCGAAGGGAUGGAUUGCCGUCGACGGCAUCAGCUUGACGAUUGUGCACGUCGCGCCAGGACUGCUCUCGGUCUCGCUCAUCCCAGAAACCCUUGCGCGCACCACCCUCGGCUUCAAGAACGAAGGCGACAUUGUUAAUCUCGAGUUUGAUCCUCAGGCCAAACUCGUCGUGCUCACGAUGGAGCGGUUACUUCCAGGAAUGCUCGAGCGGCAACUGGCAGCUCGCGCCUGAACUUGACAAAGGUCGAAUGUUGUUCCUGGCUGGACAAAGACCCAGAGUCGGUUUUGGUUCUAGUUUUGGGUUCUUUUCUGGUUAAUGUACUUCUGACAAACGCAUUUUCAGACACAACAACAACACAGCAUGGCCACAAACGCCCAAUAGACUGACCAAAAACUAACACUCAAGCCAAAAACCGUCAAUCAGAACAAGGAGAGUAUCAUGAGUAAAAUGAUGGAUGCAACAAG